UUCCUAAUUUUAUCUACAAACAAAAUCCCAUUCUUUACCCUAUAAAUACUCUCCUUAUUCUACCCUUUUCACAGCAUCAAAUUACAAACAAAGUUCUCUCUGUUUUUGUUUUAUUUUAGUUAAACAGUCAAAAAAAAAGGAGAAUGAAGAUGGAUAUUGAUCUAUCACCAAGAUUGGCCAAGAAAGUUUACGGAGGAGACGGUGGAUCGUACCAUGCAUGGUGUCCUACUGAACUAGCUAUGCUGCGUGAAGGAAACAUUGGUGCAGCCAAGCUUGCUCUUGAAAAGAAUGGCUUUGCUCUUCCUCGUUAUUCUGAUUCUGCCAAAGUUGCCUAUGUUCUUCAAGGUAAUGGUGUUGCUGGAAUUGUUCUUCCUGAGAAGGAGGAGAAAGUAAUUGCCAUCAAGAAGGGUGAUGCCAUAGCUCUCCCAUUCGGAGUUGUUUCAUGGUGGUACAACAAGGAAGACACUGAGUUGGUUGUUCUUUUUAUGGGUGAUACUGCAAAAGGACACAAAUCCGGGGAAUUUACCGAUUUCUUUUUAACCGGAACGAACGGUAUUUUCACCGGCUUUUCCUCAGAAUUCGUAGGCAGAGCUUGGGAUGUUGAUAGUAAAACAGUUAGCAGCCUUGUUAGCUCCCAAUCCGGCAAAGGCAUUGUCAAGCUUCCUGCCUCAUUCAAAAUGGCUGAACCCGUAAAGGAACACCGUAACGGAAUGGUGUAUAAUUGCGAGGAAGCGCCGUUAGACGUCGAUAUUAAGAACGGUGGAAGAGUUGUGGUGUUGAACACUAAGAAUUUGCCUUUGGUUGCUGAGGUCGGACUCGGUGCUGAUCUUGUUAGGUUAGAUGGGGGCGCUAUGUGCUCUCCCGGAUUUUCUUGUGACUCUGCUUUGCAGGUUACGUACAUUGUCAGAGGAAGCGGACGCGUUCAAGUCGUUGGCGUCGAUGGGCGGAGAGUGUUGGAAACUACUGUUAAGGCUGGUAAUCUUUUCAUUGUUCCGAGGUUUUAUGUUGUUUCGAAGAUUUGUGACCCUGAUGGUAUGGAUUGGUUCUCGAUUAUCACCACCCCAAACCCGAUUUUCACCCAUUUGGCGGGAAGGACAUCUGUGUGGAAGGCAUUGUCGCCUGAGGUGCUCGAGGCGUCAUUUGGUGUGUCUUCUGAGGUGGAGCAGCUUUUCCGAUCGAAGAGAACCUCUGAUGAGAUUUUCUUCCCACCACCAAACUGAGUAAAGGAAGUUCCACCAUUAUCACCAAGCUUGAGGAAGCAGUAGUAGCUAAUUAGUUGUUUUAUCUUUUUUAGUAUAGUUUAGUCUUUUUUGUUUCUUCAAUAAAAAAGCUUGUUAAGUAUUCUAAGAUAAUCUAAAACUCUUUUUCAUGUUCA